AUGGCUCCCAAAGCUGAGAAGAAGCCCGCCGAGAAGAAGCCAGUGGAGGAGAAGAAGUCGACUGUGGCUGAGAAAGCCCCGGCCGAGAAAAAGCCGAAGGCCUGCAAUAAGCUCCCCAAGGAAGCCGGAGCCACCGUCAGAGAUAAGAAGAAGAAGAGAUCGAAGAAGAGCGUAGAGACCUACAAGAUCUAUAUCUUCAAGGUGCUGAAGCACGUUCACCCUGAUAUUGGGAUCUCCAGCAAGGCCAUGGGCAUCAUGAACAGCUUCAUCAACGACAUCUUUGAUAAGCUCGCCCAGGAGUCUUCCAGGCUUGCAAGGUACAACAAGAAGCCGACUAUUACUUCUUGGGAGAUCCAGACUGUUGUGAGGCUUGUGCUUCCUGGUGAGCUCGCUAAGCACGCGGUGUCUGAAGGGACUAAGGCGGUGACCAAGUUUACAAGUUCUUGAAGUGUGGUGGGUUCUGCUCUGUUCUGGAUAUGUAGUUUUUCGAU